AUGUCCGGCCCAUAUCACUACGCUUCAGCAGCCGAUGCGUAUGGCGCCAACCCCACCACUCAGCACACCACCACAAACAACGACUUUGACUAUCCCGUUCGAGCGUCCAUCGACUCGCCCUACACAGCUUCGCAGCCCGCUGUGGGAGCCGGAGCUGGUGCCUACGAUGCACGCAAUACCAACUCGCGCGGCUACGCACCUGCACCCGGCGAAGAUCAUGACGAGGAAGACGACGACGAUGAAGACUGGAACGUCUACGACGAUUUCAACAUGACCCGGCCCCAGCCUCAUCGAUCUUCCACCUCCGGCUUCGCUAGUCAGAACGAUGCCUACUGGGACGCCAGCAAGCCCUCGCUCGUCGAGACGCCCUACUCGGACAUCCCUGGCAACCGCAAGUCGCUCCUCCCCUCGGAAGCCUUUGGUUUCGACGUGCGCAAUGCCGAUCCCCGCCGCUCCAUUAUCCAGCAGCAAGCCAACGCGGCCGGCAACCGCAACAGCCAGUUCUCGUCUGCGGGCUACAACAACAACACCAUCAGCGGCACGGGUCCACGCAAUGCCGACGCCACCACAGGUAUCGAGCUCAUCACAGUCCCUGCGCUGGGCAACGAGUACACUAAAGAAGAGUUGCGUGACAUGACUCGCUCAUCGAAACGCCGCAAGAAGCGCGGCAACCGCAAGCGCAAGUGCCAGCUGUGGGUGUCCGGUGACGACCAUCUGUGGGGGUGGCUCUCGCCGCGCUUGGCGGUGUUCAUCGCAUUCUUCGUGCUACUCGGUCUUGGCGUGAUGCUCUUCUUCGUGAUCCCACGCGUGCCGACCUUUGCGACCCUCUCGACCAACCCGGUGGUGGCACUGCCCAAUGGCGCGAGCAUGCGCGUCAAUCACUCGCCCACGAACUUCAGCAUGACCAUGGGUUUCAACCUGCGUGCAUCGAAUCGCGCCGCCUGGAUCCCUACCCAUGCCACCGACCUCACACUCGAAGUGACCGACCUCAACACCUACAUGAAGGUGGGCAAGGGUCAUCUUGAUUCGAUCACGUUCAAGGCGAAGGGAAACACGGAGUUUCAAUUCCCUGUCGACUUCAGCUACGUCAGCUUGAAUACGUCGGGCGACCAGACCUGGCAGGAUUUCUACCAGGGUUGUGGGCCGAACUACCCGGGACAGACAAGACCGACGUUGAACCUGGCGCUGAGGUUGGGCAUGAGCGUCCAGGGUCUGAUCGGGAGGAAGGAGACCAACACACAGCUGGGCAACAUCGCUUGCCCGUUCACGCUGCAGACGUUCCAGUAG